AUGCGCGAGCAAAAUGGCAAAGAAGAGCAGCUGGAGGAGGAUCAUGCACAGGCAGCAACAUCAGUUGUUGGCGCGCGAGUGCCGCAUGCACGUAUCCUCUACGUUGAGUGGACUGAUCGCCGCCGGGGUACCAACACGAUCCAGAUCCGCUCUGGCUCUCUGCAGCUGGUCAAGACCGCCGGACCAUGGAAGAUUGGAUUCAAAAACGGGAAGUGCAAGCAAGGUCAUGGCGAUGGUGACGACACACACAUUGUCAAACUGUCCCAUGCAGAGUUCGACCAGUACCGCGUGGCCGGCGCCGUUUUGUCUCAUCCAAAACUAGUCAUCCCCUACAGCCCCGCCAGCACUUUCAUACAAUCGCAAUUUACCUUGGAUCUCUGUCUUUCCUAA